AUGGGUGCACAAGUAGUGGAUUAUCGUGUAUCUACCAUUGUGGUUCUUUGCAAAGAUUGUGGGCAAGACGUCGGUCUUUAUCCAGCCCGGCACAAAUGUGAACAAGUCAUCCGGCCGCCCAUGCCCAUGUUGCCUUCCCACCUGAAUGGAACCGACCCGGCACCAAAAGUUGCGCGAAAACCAGUACCCAAAUGGUCUCAAUUCGGCAGCCGAUCGACCACUUCCAUCAAACAACCUCAAGAUGACGAGGAUUCAUCCGUUUAUUUCGACAAGUUCGCAGCAUACCUCCCGGAAACCGAGCCUGCCGGAAAACGACUGUGGGGAAAAGUGCGUCAAAACGAAAAAUGGAAGCAAUUAAGCAGUCCACAGGACAAGCCGAAAUCGAGCGGUAAACUAUGGGGCAAAUUGAUGCAAGCGACGCAGAACAUGGCUGAUAAAAUACCGUCAAGAGACGAGCGGGGACCAGAGUCGGAUGACGAUGAUUGGGAAGGAGAAACGCAUGUAUCGAGGAUUCUGCGUGAAUAUUACGAGAAAAAAGGUCAACGACUGCCCGAAUGGAUGCGCGAUGCUCGUACACCCGUUUAUGCUCCCGCUGCACCUAGAGAAACGCAACCGGUAAUGGUGCCUGACCGAUCAUCACAAAAUGCCCGUAUGGAACGUCGUUCAGAUCGCCGAAGAUUGUGGGAUCAGGAAGAGGAUGCAUCACGCAUGGUCUCCAGUCGAGAACGAGAACGACAACAACUUCGUCAGGCACGAACUGCAUCACCGCCAGUGUCGGCGGCAUAUGACAGACCUGCCUAUCCCACUAAUUACAGUUCGUCGCCUUACGAUCGGCCGCAACGACGAUACGAUGAGGAACCCACAUCACUACGGUCCAGCCGACACCGCUUCUCGGAAGACGAGUAUCAAUACAUGCAUUCCCAUAAACCGGCGCCUUCUCUUUCUUCUGCCAACACCAGAGACCCUCUGGCUUCUCCUUACAGACAGUAUCCAUCCGAACCUCAACGCGGAGGCUAUUUCUAA